CCCUCCUGGGCGGGCCGCUCAGGGUUAAAGGGGCGCCCGCGGGUCGCCGACGCACGGCCUCGGGAGACAAAGCGCCCUCUGCUCACCGCCCCCGAGCGGUUCCGGGCCAUGGCCGGUCUCACAACCAGAAGACAACUUGCAGGAGUCCGGUCUUUCCGAAUUCUACUUGGUUUCUGGGAAUCAAACUCAGGCUCCUGAGCACUGGCUACACACCGGGCACUCAAAUCCAGACAAAAAAGCCCUCCCCUUCUGGAGCAGGCGUGAAUGACCCAGAUGAAGAACAGAGAGGCUGACUAUGUGCCCCUGAGGUGACCCAGCCUGGAGACUGAGAGCCCACCUGGGAAGGUAUUGACCAGAGCUAGGGGACAGGAGCAGGCCUUGCGGCCAUGAAGCUAAAUGAGCGCAGCCUGGCCUUCUACGCGACCUGCGAUGCGCCGGUGGACAAUGCAGGCUUUCUGCACAAGCGCGGUGGGCGCGGGGCCAGCUCACACCGGCGCUGGUUCGUGCUCCGUGGCAACAUGCUCUUCUACUUCGAGGCAGAAUCUAGCCGCGAGCCGCUGGGUGUCAUCCUGCUUGAGGGCUGUACGGUGGAGCUGGUGGAUGCCCGGGAGGAGUUCGCCUUCGCCGUGCGCUUUGCGGGAGGCCAUUCCCGGCCUUAUGUGCUGGCUGCAGACAGCCAGGCAGCCCUGGAAGGCUGGGUGAAGGCACUGUCUCGGGCCAGCUUCCACUACCUGCGCUUGGUGGUGCGCGAGCUGGAACAGCAGCUGGCAGCCAUGCGCGAGGGAAGCCCGGCCAACGCCUUACCCACCAACCCGAGCCUGGUUUUGAACCGGAGACCCAAGGAGAACGGCCGGGCAGUGUGGAGCGCUCUGCCUGAGCAGCCGGCAGUAGCCCCCAAGCGGCCACCACUGCCACCCCGCCGCAGGGCCAGUGCGGCCAAAGGGCACUUGGCAUCCUUCGCCCAGCUGCACGAGCGAUAUGGACUAGAGGUGCAGGCCCUCAGAAACCAGUGGCGCAGAGGCCAGGCAGGCCUAGCUGGCCUAGCUAGCCUGGAGGUCCCCUGGCAUCCUGCUUCUGGUGAGACUCAGACCCAGGACCAGCCCUAAGGGACCCACUGGCUGUGAGGAAGCCUGAGUACAGGAGGCCCUAAAACGGCUUGGAUGCAAGCCAGGCUCCCAGGGGACAUAGGACAUGUAACUCAGGAGACAUGGGCCCCUGGGGUCAGAGGCACUUACUUCUGGGAAGAAUUUGGUACCUGAACCUGAAGGAGUUUCUAGAGCCCAAGGAGCUGGUUUCUAGAGAACUCUGCCCCAGGGCAGCCUGUGUGACCUUGACAGCCCUGAAGCUGGCCACAGGCCCUGAGGGCCCAGGGUUCACCUGGUGACCCGCCUCACACGGAUCUAAGGCUUGAACCUGGGAGCUGCUCUCUGAGCUGCUUCUGUGGGCCUAAAGCAGCCAGGAGAAGGUGGAGCUUGAACUGGAUAAGUUCCCAAGGCUCCUGGCCUGGAACCAGCUAAGGCAGGACUUUGCCCAGCUUUGCAGGCGGGCCUCACAGUUCUGCUUGGCCAGAAGCAGGGCCUCACCUGACCUGAGUCCUGGGCUGUGACCCAGCUUCCUCACAGGUUCACCUGGAGCAGACAGGCCUCCGACUGAGUCCAUGCCUGCAGGGGGAGAGUCCAGGCACUGUCCCUGGCCACCGCAGGUGACCAGUGGGCCUCCAUCCUGGGUCUACUACUUACUCACCACAGUGCUGGCUGCCUUCCAGAGUGUUGGGCGGGACAACCGGCCCCACCUGGGUCUUGUUUACAGUCCUCCUCAGUGCCCUGCUCUGGGGACAGGAGGACACUCACUCCAAUCACUGCAUCCUAUGGACAGAUAUCACCCUGGUCCCUUCCUCUCCUCUGUCUCCAGAGGUCCUGGGCUGGGGUUCCAUGGGUGCUUCUUGUCUGUCACCAGGGCCUCUUGGCUCCCUGCUGGCUCAGGGGCCAGGGCUUGGCUGUGGGUUUUUCUUUGAAAUACAGAGGAUACUGUCUUUCUUCCAUCAGUGAAGUUAAGUGUUCCAUUUUCAUCCUGGCCACUUUUGUUACUGUUGGCUGGCUGCAAGGGGUGGCAUUGUCCCCAGGGAGCCAGGCUCUAGCAGGAGACACACAGGCGCCUAGCCGACUUGGCCCUUACCUCGUUCUCUGUUUCCUGAGCUCAGCUGUCUGCACAGGUGGUGCCUCUGGGGACUUGGUCACUGUCUCCUCAACUCUCCCACUGUGGGCUCAGGACUUUCUGGAGUGGUGUAGCUGAAGGGCUAAGGUGUAGACUCUAGUCCAUGAUGGGUUUACAAACUCUAAAGGUACAGGGCAGGAGGUGUGGGGGGGCAAGGGUAGAGAUGCCCCCUUUCCCCAAAGCACAAGAUGAAGUCCAGCUGAUUCUGGGGCUAGGAGAGAUAUCAGCCACGGGCAGAGUACGAGGGCCAAAAUAAAACUGGUCAAGUAA